AUGGCCGAAACCACCACCCCAACAUACACGAUCCGGCACGCCACCCAAGCCGACGUCCCCACCAUCCUCUCCCUCAUCCUCGAGCUCGCCGAGUACGAAAAGGCGCUCGACACCGUCGCCAUGACGGAAGCCACCUUGCUCGAAACCCUCUCCUUCCCGGUCCCCAAUACGACCCCCCGGCAAUUCACGCCCGGCCACGCACGCACCCUCCUCGUCACCCCAUCCGACUCCCCCACCACCGUCGCCGGCAUGGCCCUCUACUUCUUCAACUACAGCACCUGGAGCGGUCCCGGCAUCUACCUCGAAGACCUGAUCAUCAGCGCCGCAUACCGUAAGCGCGGGUACGGUAAGGCGUUGCUGUCCGCGCUGGCGCGCGAGGUGCAGAUCCUGAACCCCUCGGGCGGGCGGCUGCAGUGGCAGGUGCUGGAUUGGAAUACGCCGAGCAUUGGGUUUUAUGAGAGUGAGGCGAUUGGGGCACGGUGUACGCGGGAGUGGGUUAGUGUGAGGGUUGAUGGGGAGGGGGUGGGGAGACUGGCGGCGAGGAGGUGA